AAAGUAAUCAAAAUGGCGAUGUGGCAACCUGAGGAAAACGGUCUCCGUCAAAUUCUACAAUUACUUAAAGAAUCACAGUCUCCCGACACUGAAACACAAAGAGCUGUACAACAAAAAUUGGGAGAGUUAAACAAUUAUCCAGAUUUCAACAACUACUUGAUUUUUGUUUUGACUAAAUUAAAAUCUGAAGAUGACCCAACGCGGUCCUUAAGUGGUUUAAUACUGAAAAAUAACGUUAGGGCUCAUUUUGAAAGAUUUCCAUCUGAAGUGACAAGUUUUAUUAAACAAGAAUGCUUAAACAGUAUUGGGGACCCUUCACCUUUGAUCCGAGCUACAAUAGGAAUUAUUAUUACAAAUAUUAUCUCCAAGGGAGAGUUACAUAACUGGCCAGAAGUCUUACCUCACCUUUGUGCUUGCUUGGAUUCGGAGGACUAUAACAUAUGUGAGGGGUCAUUUGGGGCUCUACAAAAAAUUUGUGAAGACAAUGCUGAAACAUUAGACAGUGAUAUGGCUGAUCGUCCUCUAAAUGUUCUCAUUCCAAAGUUUCUAAAUUUCUUCAGACAUCAAAGUCCAAAGAUAAGGUCACAUGCCAUAGCUUGUGUAAAUCAGUUUAUCAUUAGUAGGACACAAGCAUUGAUGGUUCACAUUGAUACUUUCAUUCAGAACUUGUUUUUCCUUGCCAAAGAUGAGGACACCGAAGUGAGAAAAAAUGUUUGUAGAGCAUUGGUAAUGCUAGUUGAAGUCAGAAUAGACAGAUUAAUGCCACAUAUUGAUCAGAUAAUUCAGUACAUGAUGGAGCGCACCCAGGAUGCAGAUGAUACUGUGGCACUUGAAUCGUGUGAAUUUUGGCUGUCUCUUGCUGAGCAGAAAGUGUGCAAAGAUGUCCUUGGACCUCACAUAGAGAGACUAGUUCCCAUUUUAGUCAAGGGCAUGCGAUACUCUGAGAUUGACAUCAUUCUCCUAAAGGGUGAUAUUGAAGAAGAUGAAAUGAUACCUGAUAAAGAGUCUGACAUAAAACCUAGAUUUCAUAAGUCACGUACACAUUCUAACCAAAAGCAUGAUGAGGGCGAAGAAGGUGACUCAGAUGAGGGUUAUGAUGAUGACGAUUCAUUAUCAGAUUGGAAUCUUCGAAAGUGUUCAGCUGCUGCACUGGAUGUACUGGCUAACGUGUUUCAUGAAGAGAUUCUUCCCGUUUUGCUUCCAAUAUUAAAAGAAACAUUAUUUCACAUUGAUUGGGAGGUGAAAGAGUCUGGCAUUCUAGUACUUGGGGCUAUUGCAGAAGGUUGCAUGAGUGGAAUGAUUCCACACCUACCAGAAUUAAUCCCCUACCUUAUCAACUGUUUGUCAGAUAAAAAGGCACUUGUUAGAUCUAUCACUUGCUGGACAUUGAGUCGAUAUGCUCAUUGGGUUGUUGGACAGCCUCAUGAUAAUUUCUUGAAGCCCCUUAUGACUGAGUUAUUGAAAAGAGUUCUUGAUGCUAAUAAGAGAGUUCAAGAAGCAGCUUGUUCUGCAUUUGCAACUCUAGAAGAAGAGGCCUGCACUGAAUUAGUACCCUAUCUGGGAUUUAUACUGGAGACUUUAGUUUUUGCUUUUGGAAAGUAUCAGCACAAAAAUCUUCUUAUAUUGUAUGAUGCUAUUGGCACUUUGGCUGAUUCUGUGGGGCAUCAUUUAAAUAAACCUGAAUAUGUCAACAUGCUUAUGCCUCCCCUGAUUCAGAAAUGGAAUAUGCUGAAAGAUGAAGAUAAGGAUCUGUUUCCUCUGUUGGAAUGUCUAUCCAGUGUUGCUACAGCAUUGCAGUCUGGUUUCCUGCCAUAUUGUGAGCCUGUUUACAGGAGAUGUGUCUGUCUUGUUGAGCAGACACUCACUCAGAAUUACGCAAAUCUUUCCCAGCCUGAUCAGUAUGAUCCCCCGGACAAAGAUUUUAUGAUUGUUGCACUAGAUCUGUUGUCUGGUCUUGCUGAGGGUCUGGAAGGGCACAUAGAGGGUCUUGUAGCCAACAGUACUAUUCUCAAACUUCUUUUCCAGUGCAUGCAGGAUCCAAUGCCUGAAGUUAGACAGAGUUCAUUUGCUCUUCUGGGUGAUUUAACUAAGGCCUGUUUUCAACAUGUUCGCCCGUGCAUCCCUGAAUUUAUGCCCAUUUUAGGGGCUAAUCUGAAUCCUGAAUUCAUUUCUGUCUGUAACAAUGCUACUUGGGCCAUUGGUGAGAUUUCAAUAAAAAUGGGUGCUGAUAUGCAACCAUUUAUUGGCAUGGUAUUGACACAGUUGAUAGAUAUCAUCAACAGAUCUAAUACACCAAAAACUCUAUUGGAAAAUACAGCCAUAACUAUUGGGAGACUGGGCUUAGUUUGCCCCCAAGAUGUGGCCCCACUUUUACAACAGUUUAUCAGACAAUGGUGUACCUCAUUGCGCAACAUACGAGACAAUGAAGAAAAGGACUCAGCCUUUAGAGGUGUGUGCCACAUGAUUGGGGCCAAUCCAGCAGGAGUUGUCCAGGACUUUAUCUUCUUCUGUGAUGCUGUUGCUUCAUGGAUGCAUCCAAAACCGGAUUUAAAAGAAAUGUUUUAUAAGAUACUUCAUGGGUUUAAGGCUCAAGUUGGUGAAGAAAACUGGUCUAAAUUCUCAGACCAGUUUCCCCAGCCCUUGAAAGAAAGGUUAACUGCCAAUUAUGGCGUUUGAACAGACCAACAGAACUUUCUUGGAGACCAAGCUCCUGAGUGUAUCUCACUAAGGGUGGGGUGGGGUGGGCAGGGUGAUAUGGGCCAG